AAACAGCAACUUAAAUUUUAACAGCAGAGAAUGAACAGGAAGAAAAUAAACUAGCUACACCAAUAAUUUCCUGGACCUUGAUAUGAUGAAUGUAUCGUUAUGAACAGAAUGAUUUUAUAUUCAAUUUAUCCCUUCACAUUUUCGUGACCUAUCAACCAAUUUACAGCUAAUCAUCCUAAUCUUCAUUGAUCAACUAUCAUUUGAGUUAUCCUCACUCUUCGUCUUUCAAAUCGUUUGAGUUUCGGCCAGGAGUUCGAGGAAAAAAGUGAUGGGGGUGGAGAGAUAAAAGGGAUUUUCCCUGUAAUGGGGUCUUGUUUAAAGUAUUGACCUUCAAGUGUUUGUGAAAAGGUCGCUGUGAACCCGGAAGCAUGCCACGGGUCGACAGACUAAGCGCCUUGCCUGAUAACAUCAUCAGUCGCAUUCUCUCGUUUCUCCCGAUCAAGAUCUCCGUGUCGACCAGCAUCCUCUCUACAAGAUGGAGGUUCAUGUGGGCCCACUUCCCCAAUCUUGAUUUCGACAGCAUAAAUCAUUAUAAUGAGACGAGAUUCUGGAACAUCAUCGACACUGUUAUGUCUAAUCCUAGACUGCAGAGCAUAAACACUUUAUGUUUCCAUUGCAGCUAUUUUCAUGCAAACGAGAACAAAGUCGAGAAGUGGUUCGCCGGUCGGAAUAUCAACAAUCUCAUUCUCUGCCCCAGGCCCCAUUCGCCUGCUUUGCCUCAAGCCAUCUUCACAUGCAAAACCCUUGUUGAGUUGACUCUCAUACAUUGUGCAUUGCCAAGUUUUAGUGGUGAGGACAUAUCUUUCCGUCGCCUCAAGAAGCUUCAUCUCUUGAUUUUUAGAUCUGCAACUGCUGAAAACCUUCCUAAACUGCUUUCUUACUGCCCGGUGCUUCAUGAUUUUUACAUUUCUGGAUGUUUUGUUGACGAUUGUUAUAUCUCUUCGGCCACAAUAGAAAGGCUCGAGUUCUCUUCUUCUCUGCUGUCACUUGCAAGCAGUCGUGAGGUGGGAAUAAAUGCUCCUGCACUUGAGUAUCUAAAGCUACACCUUUGGACAACCUCUCAUGUAUCAACUUGUGCACUGACUUCCUUAAUUGAGGCUGACAUUUCCAUUUUUUAUCGUUCUCGUAAUGUGGACGAGCCCUAUCGUCUUUCAGUGUUGGAUUUUGUCAAUCGCCUCUGCAAAGUGAAGAGGCUAAAACUGUCAAUUAAUGUGCCGUUGCCUUGCAGGAUAAGAUCAAUUCCAAUGUUUGAUAAUUGUACCCGGCUUGAGUUGGAUUCCGAUUUGCGUUUUCUCAUGAAAUUCUUGGAGAGGGCUGACAAUCUUGAAAUUCUAGUCAUCUUUAGGGUGAUUUCGAAGAACAAAAUCUGGGAGGAGCCCGAACAAGUGCCAAGAUGCCUGUUAUCUCGUCUAGCAAUGGUAAGAAUUAAUGGAUUUAAUUGCAGGAAGCCCGAGUUUAGCGUGGUGAGGUAUUUUUUAAAGAAUGCCCAAGUUUUGAGAAGGAUGGAAGUACACACGACGACCAAUGGGAUUGAUUUGGGCUUGGCGAAAAAGCUCAAUGCGCUCCAAAAGAUUGCAUUGUUUAAACGAGGAUCAAAGGAAUGCGAGCUUGCCUUUUCAUGAGGGAUGUUGUACUAAUGUGUUCAAUAUUCAACCAAACAAAACUUAUUUUGUUAGCUUUAUAAGUUUUUCGUAUACUUAUUAUAAGCUUUCCUUAGUAGCUUUUUAAAAAAGCUAGUUAGAAAAUCUCAUUUUUCGAAAGAGGCUCGACAACGUGUCAGGUUGCCUUCUCUUGACUGGAAAUGUUUUUUGAUUUGACAGUGGCCAUAAGUUACAAGUCUUAAUGCAUGUUAUUCAAGUGAA